CUGGACGAGGCCCCCAGGGAUCGCAUUCGCUGCUCCGUCAACGGCUGUGCCGCAUCAGCAUUCCCAGACACGGGAUCUGAUCUCAUGCUCGUGUCCGGGGACUUUGCCCGUCGCAACAACUUCACCAUCCACAGAGGGCAGAGGUACCAGCGGUCGAUUGAACUCAUUGACGGGUCGAUAAUUCGGACAGACGGCAUGGUCCUCAACGCCGAGAUGGAGUUUGAUGCACCGCCAAUGUCGUCGCCAAGGGAGCUCGAUUAUGACAGGUACCUGGAGUAUGCCAAUGGCCUCGCCACACUCACUAGCAAGGGAGGAGGGGGGCGUGCCGCGGCAACAAAGACAACCUUCGUUUGUGAUCUACAUGUCAUCGAGGACCUGCCCUGCGACAUUAUCCUCAGCAGCGAGUUCAUCUUCGACAACCAGGUCUUUUCUCGCUUCAACCACCUGUUCCAUUCGGAGGCCUCUCCCGCUCCCGCUUGCCUUCUCCAGGACUGUGAUACGCCUAGAAAGAUGAGCUUGAAUGAUUGUAUGUUGUUCAUGAGGAUGAAGCUGGCCAAGGGGUCGUGGUUUCCUUGGCGACGACCUGGACAACGACAAGAAUUGCCGGUAGAUGAUAACAGCGUUAUCCUCCGGCAACUCGAUCGGAGAUGGGAGGAAUUGUGGGACGCAGAGGAGCUCCGGAGAAACCAGAUGCAACUUUGGAUCGCAACACUACCGGAGCCUCAAAAGUCGAACGAACAGAGAGCUGAAAGUCAAAGGCAGCAAGAUUGGGACAAGAGUCACCCGCGUCCAUUACCCCGGACAGCAAGCUCGGUUCCCCUUUCAAAUUCGACUUUGGGGAGGCUAGGGUGAAUGCAGAGUAUACUCUCGGGGGUCUCUCCUUAUUUUGGAUGGAGCUUAGCUUAGAUCAUGACUAGAGGGCACCGUAUCAACGUGAGAGCGAUUUGUUGACGUUGAUAUUGUUCCUUGUUGCCCCACGACGAGCAUGCGUGUCGAAGGACCCGCUGCAGUGUCAAAUAAUCUCUCAAGCUGGCUUGUCCAGAUCAGAAAGCAAGAUUGGUUCGUGGGUUUC